UAUCGCCUUUGCCGCGGUGAGUUUGACAUCGGAGGAAGAGAUUGCGGAGUAACCCCCAACCAUGGCGACAACUAUAUUACCGUCAACAAGCCCAGCAGCAUCUAGCAGUGUCAUCUCCAUACACGACUUCGAAUAUGACACUUUGGAUCCUUCCGAGAUUGAGCGCUUGUCCAUGGAGGAGAAGCGCCGCGAACGUCGCGCAGCCAUUGAACUGGCCCAUGAGCGUGAAAUGGAGGCCAUUCACGCGAUUUCCAGGGCAGAACAAGAAGAGCGCGAACGUAUUGAAGCCGCGGCUGCCGUCGAUGAAGAGCGGUGGCAACAAGAGGAAUUGGCUGCCAUGGCAAAGUUCCGAGCGGCGCUCGAGGAAAAGCGGCGCAUUCGCCAGGAAGACGACGCGCUCCACGACGAAAAGGUCAUGCAAGCUGUGCUGCAGGCAUCGUUGAUGGAGUUCAAUGCGCGCGGACAGAUCGAGAAUCACGCCGGCGAGGAAGAUUUGUUCCGGCAGUUUGAAUCGGAUAAGGCGUUGCGGAACAUGGAGAGGCAAAAGGCAUUGGCCCAUGCGGACAAGUUCAACAAGGUGCAGAUGGUGUUGGACACGAAGAAACGCGCACAUGCUGCCAAGGAGAGCGCGCGCUUGGCUAUCGAAGAGUACCAGGCGAAGGAACGGCUGCGACGAGAACUGCUUUGGCAACAGGAAGAAGACGAGUCAGUCCGUGUGCACAUCGAACAACUGGCUGCGGUCCGAAAGCGCCAAGAUGAGGCCGUGGUGAAACGGGUGGAGGCGGAGCGCCGAGCAGAGGAAGCCAUGUCCCGCGCCAAGGAACUGCGGCAGAAGGCGCUGGUCGCGGCCAAGCUGGUGCGGCAGACGUCCCGUCAGGCCAUCGAGAAAGUCUUGCAGCAGGAAGAGGUGGUGCGAUCGGAAGAUUACCGCCGGCAAAUGGAGGCUCUGGACAAGGACAGGGAAAUUGCGUCCAGGGUACGCCACGAGAAGGAGAUGGUUGCAAAGGAGAAGUUAGAACAUGCCAUCCACCUGCGCGAGAAGGCCCUCGAUGCUGCGCACAACAAACUGGCAAGUCUCUCGUUAUCGCUUGACGGUGACUCGUGGAGUAGGCAACCAAAACCUUAGUAUUUCAUCGUGUUCUUUCAAUGAGCAAUACGUUGUUGCUGGCGGAAGAGUCGUUACAGCCUGCAACCGUAUGCUCCGGAUAUACAUCCGGAUUGGUUUCACUUUACAGAAAGAAGCUGUGAGGUUGUUCUUUCAUCGUUCGCUAGUCCUACUGGUAAUAUAUGCCCGGUUAUGUAUGCGUUCCAGA